UCCGGCGUUACCUGUGUGGUUACUGGGAGCUGUAAACAAGGUGUGCAAGCAUCUGGAGAGCUGUCGGGAUGCGGCACAGUGGGGCCACUGGAAGCCGUGGCUGCGUUCUAUGCCCACUGCUGGGCGUUCUGUUUUUCCAGGGUGUUUACAUCGUCCUUUCCCUGGAGAUUAAAGCAGAUGCCCAUGUCCAGGGUUAUGUUGGAGAAAGUAUCAAGUUGAAAUGCACCUUCAAGUCAAGUUCAUCCAUCACUGACAAACUCACCAUAGACUGGACAUAUCGACCUCCCAGCAGCAGUCGCACAGAAUCAAUUUUUCAUUAUCAGUCUUUCCAGUACCCAACCACAUCGGGCACAUUUCGGGAUCGAAUUUCCUGGGUUGGAGAUGUAUACAAAGGGGAUGCAUCCAUAAGCAUAAAGAACCCUACUAUAAAGGACAAUGGGACAUUCAGCUGUGCUGUGAAGAAUCCCCCAGACGUGCACCAUAAUAUUCCAGUGACAGAGUUAACAGUCACAGAAAGGGGUUUUGGCACCAUGCUCUCCUCUGUGGCUCUUCUUUCCAUCCUCGUCUUCAUUCCCUCAGCUGUGGUGGUGGUUCUGCUGCUGGUGAGAAUGGCGAGGAAGUCUGCGGGACUGAAGAAGAGGAGCAAGUCUGGCUAUAAGAAGUCAUCUAUUGAAGUUUCAGAUGAUACUGACCAAGAGGAGGAGAACAACUGCAUGAUGAAGCUUUGUGUCCGCUGUGCUGAGUGUCUGGAUUCAGACUAUGAAGAGACAUACUGAUGAAAGUCUACGUGAUACAAGAAGAGUCACCUAGCAACAGCCAAUGUCCUGUUUCACUGGCAGCUAAAGCCUCAGAGAUGUGGAGCCAGCCUGGACAGUAGUGGUGGAGGAUUCUGGAAGUCAUCAGUAAAGACUUUAGAAACCAUUUAUUUAUUGCAAAAAUGUUCUUUUUGUAUUUAUAAACUAUUCAGAAACUCUCAGAAGAGACUCAUAACUACCCCCUUUUAAUAACUUUAACUGAAUGAAGGUAUUCUUUUCCUGAAUAGAAAGAUACUUUUUAUUAUGCUUUUGUUCUUGAAUGUAUCACAUGUUUUCUUCCAGUUUUUUGAAGGAGAAUCCUAGAUGUUGGCCAUACUGUUGAUGCCAAUAAUAUGUAUGUGUGUAAACACACACACACACGUGCGCACACUUAAUGAAAUGGAGCUUGAGCUUUCUGAUGUGCCCCCAGGCAACAUGUUUGUUUAGGAUAAGUAUUCUCUGUUUUUUUUGCUCUGUGAACAUUUUCAGCUGUGAGUUAGCAUACAGCAUAUACUCAUUGGUUUAAUUAUCAUCAGUUGUGUUUGGGUGGCUUGGAAUGCAUAACUCCAACUUUUUUAGAGUUGGUAGGAUCAGGACUCCGUGGUUUACUUUGUGUUUUUAAAGUAUUAAAGAAAGUGUUGUUAAUUUGCAAUCAAGGAGAGAAAUGACAAGGUAGAAGGAUUCCUUUCUUUUGUCUUAUGAGGUGUAAUUUGUUAUUUUGCUUUCUCACAACUGACUGAUGUAUGGUUUCCUUCUUGACUUUUCAGAUCAGAGGCAAGAAAAACUCUUCAAAAAGUUUUUAGUGGGAAUGCAUAGACCAUUUUAUCAGUUAUUUGCAAUGAAAUCACCAUUUAACCUAUGGCAUUCUUCAAAACUUGUUUGAUUUCUUAUUGUGCCACUAAGGUAUUUACGCAAUAUUUGAGAUAAGGAAGUGAGGGUGUGAAUAACCUAUGCUUCCUCCUUCAGUUCUCUUGAUCCCUCCUGUCAGCUUCCCCCAUUCCUUCCUGCAGCAGCCUAUUUCCAAUUUUAAUUUACGUGGGAUUUUCUGUAAGCCAUUAAGAAAUAUGUAUGACACAUCAGAAAGGCUGGCUGUGUAGUCCUCUAUAAUAGCAUGUUAACAUUCGCUUCUUAAUUCUGAGAGACAAAAAUUAUCCUCUCCUAUCUUCGAUUUUUCAACAGGCUAGUCCCAUCCCACGAUUCUUUGGUAGGUAGCUCAAGACGUUUCCCUAUUUUAGCAUAAUAUACUAUAUGCUGCAAAAAAAAAAAAAAUCACUUUUAUAUUUUUUUGCCAAGAUAUGUUUUUAAAAUUUGAGUUAUUAGUUCUGUUUCAUAGAUUUCACCAGGCCUCUUUUGUUAACCUAGUCCAUUGAUUAGAGAGUCUGGUUAGUUACUAGAUGUUGUGAUUUACCUCUGGUCACAUAAGGAAGAAGAGGCAAAGGCAAGAUUGGCAGUUUAUUGGAUUGUGAUGAUCAUUGUACAACUACAGGUGUGAUAAAUUCAUUGAGUAAUAAGAAAAAAAAGGAAAAAAAAAAAAGAUCAACAGUUUACUUUCCAGUGGUUAAAUCUCAUAGUCUUGGGCAACUUAUUCAGCAUGUGGUUGUCUGGGGCCAAUCUAGUGAGAUAAUCUGAUACCUCAACACAAAAAGGAAGACAGUUUGAGUGAAUAAUUUGGGUUUUAGGACAUUUGAAGACAGAGAUCCAAUUGUGAGGUAGACUUUUUGCGGGUCUUCAUUUAUCUGAGAAAGAGACAAUAUUACAGGAACCCCACAUCCCAUUAAAUGGAAAACCAGUUUCGGCUAGGUUUUCUUGUAAUUUCCUUUCAGGCAUGUCUGAGGAUUAAUCCAGUGGGACGUAUUUAUCACUUUAGAUAAAUGGUGCUGCGAGAAUGCUUGGUUAUAUUAUUUUUAGCCUUGAUCAGGGUUUGAACCAAUCCUUUCCUUCCUUUUUAAAUGACUGAAUGAUAGAGUGUUUCACAGUAGGAGAGUGAAUUGAUCAUUUAGUCUGCUCCAUGGCUUUGUAAUUGUAUCACAGUCUCAAGGCUGCUUGCUGUCAGUUUCCUUCUUCAUCCAUUAUGUUGGGGUCUGGGUGACAGCUUUUUUCCUCCAAAGGGGCAUAAUGCAGUGUUUGGAUGGAAGGAAAAUAAAGUGUUAUUUUAAACUUGCUGUUUUAAUAUCUCUAAGGUGCUGCUCUCUCUUUUUCCUUUGUGCUGCUCCAUGAGUUCUUAUUACACUGUAUGGAGACCACCCUUGUCUAGAAAGGGAAUUGAAUUCUGAAAGCUUCAGAGGGGGUUAAAAACCUUUCAGAAUUUUUCUUUGACUGCUGAGGUCUUUACUUGUGGUUACAUUGCCUUAUGAGUUUUAUGCAUUGAGCUCUUAAUUCUGUUACCAAAUGUGAACUUAGAAAAUUCUUUUGCGUUUCCCAUGUGGCCUGUUAACCUCAAGCUUCUUGGGGGAACAUCUUAGUUUUCUUCAGCUCUGACGGGGCUCUGGUGCUUCAUGAAAGAAUGUUGCAUAUUCUUGUUUAGAAAAAAUUCUGGCAGCCGAAAUCCUGAAUCAGAAUGUUCUUGUGUGUCACUCAUUUAUGGUUCCAAAAGGGGAGCUGUAAGAAGACCGAGGAGGUGUGGACCAAGACUCUCAUUUAAUUGCACAGUUUAAAACUUUGCUACCAGAAAAGGCGGCUCCACCCUUAGACUUCAGUGUUGGACUCUAAGUGCUGCAUUUCAGUGCACUUUUUGUUUACUUGUUUGUUUUUGUAACAGGGUAUGCACUACUGGGUCAUGUGCACAGACAUUGUAACUCUUGAGAUCUUUACCGCAUCAUAAUUAAUAAACUUCUUUGCACUUUCUGGCUA